CCUGAAGGGUAUAGAGGUAUAGAUACAAAAAUACUUGUAUAUAAAUUUGCUUGUUGAGAUUGUGUUGGUCACGCUCAGUCCUGAGAAAGUGCAGGUUUAGCAGGAGGAAAAUAUGGGGUCAGAUCCGAAAAUUCAUGUGUUUGAAGAAGUGGCUAAGCACAACAAGACUAAAGAUUGCUGGUUGAUUAUUUCUGGGAAGGUAUAUGAUGUAACUCCUUUUAUGGAUGAUCAUCCUGGAGGUGAUGAAGUACUGCUUUCAUCAACUGGCAAAGAUGCAACUGAUGAUUUUGAAGAUGUCGGCCACAGUGAUAAUGCCAGAGAGAUGAUGGAGAAGUAUUACAUUGGUGAGAUAGAUGCUGCAUCGGUGCCUCAGAAGCGUACUUUCAGUGCACCAAAGCAAAGCAACUACAACCCUGACAAGUCUUCAGAGUUCAUCAUUAAGAUUCUGCAGUUUCUUGUUCCCAUUCUCAUUUUAGGCUUGGCUUUCGUAGUCCGACAAUACACCAAAGAGAAGUAGUUGCACUUCCUAAGAAUUUGAUGGUUGGUCAUGUUAAGCCCUUGCAAAGUCGGAACUAUACCUUUGUUUAAGUUAUGUGAUUGUGACUGCCUAAUUUGAAUAUCUAGUAUUCUAGUCCAUUAUUGGUUCUGUAGUAUUGGAUAGUCUUGCGGAACCAGGUGCAUCACCAACUAUUAAACUGUCUAGCUAGUUGGGUUACAGUUUAAAACUUUUUAAGUUACAUUUCUUUUUAUAAUGGACCCGUUGAUCUUUGAAUA